AUGCAAGAAAAUGAUAGUGAAGUAAUCUUUUAUGUUACACAAGAAGAUUUGUUUGAUGUGCUUUAUGACAUUCAUCUUGCAAUUGGACAUGGAGGCAGAGAUAGGAUGAUUAAAGAAUUAAAUAAAAAAUAUAAAAAUAUAACGCAGAAACAUAUAAAGAGUUUCUUAAACAUCUGCGAAGCCUGUCAGCAAAAAAAGAAGAGCGAAAAGAAAGGAGUUGUGGUAAAACCGUUAAUUUCACAACAUUUAAAUAGUCGUUGUCAGGUGGAUCUUAUUGAUUUCCAAUCCCAUCCAGAUGGAAAUUAUAAAUUUAUUAUGGUAUAUCAGGAUCAUCUGACAAAAUUUGUUGUACUAAAACCGUUAGAAACAAAGCGCGCAGAUGAAGUUGCUUUGCAUAUACUUGAGAUAUUCCUCCUUUUUGGUGCUCCAAGUAUAUUGCAAUCCGAUAAUGGUCGUGAGUUUUGUAAUAAACUGAUAGAAAGCUUACAAAAAAUGUGGCCGGAACUGAAACUUGUACAUGGUAAGCCGAGGCAUAGCCAGAGUCAAGGGAGCGUCGAAAGGGCGAACCAAGAUAUUGAAAACAUGCUCACCACUUGGAUGCAACAAAAUAAUACCAAUAAAUGGAAUAAAGGACUACAAUUUGUUCUAUUUAUGAAAAAUCGCGCCUACCAUUCCGGUAUUAAAAGGACACCUUACAAGGCAAUGUUUGAUGUGGACCCGAAAGUUGGAUUAACAACGUCUUCUUUGCCGAAAGAAAUCAUUUCUUCAAUACAAGUUGAGGAGGAUUUAAAAAAACUUUUGCAAG